CGCACUCGGGCGCAGCCUCGGCUCGCCCUUUUUCCCAAGCGCGCCUUGUGUGCGGCCGGGGGGGGAAAGGUGGGCGGCUGUUCCUCGCGCGCCCUGCUCUUCUCUUUCUACCCCCCCCCCCCUCCGCGCACCCCUCGAACAGCCCUGCGGCGACCGGCUGGGAGACCCCGGAGCGAAGGCGGAGCGUUAAGCGCAGCCUCAGAGCCGUUGCCGUUGCGAGGAGGCCGUUGAGGCUGCGAUCCGCCGAGGAGGAGGAGGAGGAGGAGGCCGAGGCCGGACGACGACGACGACGACGACGGAGGAGGAGGAGGAGGAGUACUAAACGACGCGAGUCUUUGCUGCCGUCGAGACGAGAGCGAGGCCGAGAGCGGAGGAGGAAGAGGAGGGGGAAGGACCCGCCGCCGCCGCUUCCGCGGCCAUGUUGGAGGCCUAAACCGGCCCAGCGCCGCGCCUGACAGGAGCCGCGGCGGGCGAGGCGGCCUCUGAAGGGAGAGCCCAGGAGGGGAGGCCCGCCCGCCCGCCCGCCCGCCAGUACAGCCAUGUCCUGCGUGCACUACAAGUUCUCGUCGAAGCUCAACUAUGACACGGUCACCUUCGACGGGCUGCACAUCUCGCUCUGCGACCUCAAGCGCCAGAUCAUGGGCCGCGAGAAGCUCAAGGCGGCCGACUGCGACCUGCAGAUCACCAACGCCCAGACCAAAGAAGAAUAUACUGAUGAUAAUGCCCUGAUUCCUAAGAACUCAUCCGUUAUUGUCAGAAGAAUUCCUAUUGGAGGAGUAAAAUGUACAAGCAAAACAUAUGUCAUAAGUCGAACUGAUCCAGUGAGUGGACCUUCAAAAGCAAUUGAUGACUCUUCUGCAUCUAUUUCUCUGGCCCAGCUUACAAAGACCGCCAAUCUGGCUGAAGCCAAUGCUUCUGAAGAAGAUAAAAUUAAAGCAAUGAUGUCACAGUCUGGCCACGAAUAUGAUCCGAUCAAUUACAUGAAGAAACCCCUGGGACCACCACCGCCAUCAUACACUUGCUUUCGUUGUGGAAAACCUGGUCAUUACAUAAAGAUCUGCCCAACCAAUGGGGACAAGAACUUUGAGUCUGUUCCCAGGAUUAAGAAGAGUACUGGAAUUCCACGAAGUUUCAUGAUGGAAGUGCAGGAUCCUAAUACUAAGGGUGCCAUGCUUACCAAUACAGGGAAAUAUGCUAUUCCUACUAUUGAUGCCGAGGCUUAUGCCAUUGGGAAGAAGGAGAAGCCUCCUUUCUUGCCAGAGGAACCGUCCUCUUCCUCGGAGGAAGAUGACCCUAUUCCAGAUGAAUUGUUGUGUCUGAUCUGCAAGGAUAUAAUGACUGACGCUGUGGUGAUUCCCUGUUGUGGAAACAGCUACUGUGAUGAAUGUAUCCGAACAUCCUUGCUAGAAUCAGAGGAACAUACCUGUCCAACAUGUCAUCAGACAGAUGUUUCUCCUGAUAAUUUAAUUGCCAACAAAUUUUUACGCCAGGCUGUAAAUAACUUCAAAAAUGAAACAGGCUACACUAAAAGGCUCCGCAAGCAGGCGCCCCCACCAAGACCAGCGGUUCAGCGGAAUGUGCCUUCUGUGCCAAGGCCAACAGGCUCCAGGCAACAGGAUCCCCUUAUCCUCCCAAUCACCUCUGCCUCGGUUCAUGCCACUGCAUCUCCCCCCUUAUCUUUGACUCCUGGCCAAGUUCCCCCUGCAACAAGCAUGUUGGUCAUGAACCAGUCUGCCUCCAUCUCAGUCAGUGAUGUGCCUACAGGAAUAUCUCUGGCAAUUCAUGCUGAUAAGCCUGAAGGACCUUUCCGGGAGGGUGAUUGUCUUGGAUCAGCUGCUGCUGUUGUGUUGGCCUCCGAUCACACAAAGCCUCCUUCCUCUUUAUCAAUUAGCACUGUGCUGGAAGAAAAGGGCUAUCAGGUUCCUGUGCUUGGACAAGCAGCCUUGACUGGGCAGCUGAGUUCUCAUGGGCAUUCAAUACCCACUAUGGGUCAGCCAAUGAGAACAAAUCCUGUCCGCUCUGCAGCCAGUAGGUCAGGCUGGGAGCCAAGUUCAAACCGAGGACGCCCGCAUAGUGAUCGUACACAAAGGACUCAGGCCCCAACACUGCCAGCCUCAACACCAGUCUUUGUGCCCGUGCCUCCACCUCCCCUGUAUCCUCCUCCUCCCCACGCACUUCCUCUUCCACCGGGGGUACCUCCACCACAGUUUCCUCCUCAGUUUCCACCUGGUCAGCCUCCACCAGCUGGGUACACUGUCCCCCCUCCGGGAUACCCCCCGGCUCCAGCAAACAUAUCAACACCAUGGGUACCAACACCAGUACCAACGGCUCACUCAAAUACCAUCCCAACGACCCAAGCACCUCCUUUAUCUAGGGAGGAGUUUUACAGAGAGCAACGGAGACUUAAAGAGGAGGAAAAGAAAAAGUCAAAGCUUGAUGAGUUUACAAAUGAUUUUGCUAAAGAACUGAUGGAAUAUAAAAAAAUUCAGAAGGAACGCAGGCGUUCUUAUUCCCGGUCCAAAUCGCCAUAUAGUGCAUCUUCCUACUCAAGAAGUUCCUACACUUACUCCAAGUCAAGAUCUGGCUCGUCCCGCUCUCGCUCGUACUCUCGGUCCUUUAGCCGCUCCCAUUCUCGCUCCUACUCAAGGUCUCCCCCCUACGGCCGGAGGGGCAGAGGCAAGAGCCGGAAUUACCGCUCCAGGUCAAGAUCCCACGGAUAUCAUCGAUCAAGAUCUAGGUCACCCCCCUACAGAAGGUACCAUUCUCGGUCAAGAUCUCCAGCAUACAGAGGCCAGUCCCCGAAUAAGCGGCCCGUUCCUCAGGGAGAAGGAGAACGGGAGUAUUUUGGUCGCUACCGAGAAAUCCCAGUUUAUGACAUGAAAGCAUAUUAUGGGAGAUCUGUGGAUAUGAGAGACCCCUUUGAGAAGGAGAGAUUCCGUGACUGGGGGGAGAGCUACAGAGAAUGGUAUGAAAAAUACUUUAAGGGCUUCCCAGCUGGAGCCCAACCCAGACCUUUGCUCAACAGAGAGAACUUCUCCCCAGAACGAUUUGGCCCCCCUGGACCAAGGAGAGAGAAUUCCCCUUACAUUCGGGGUCGCAGAGACGAUUAUCCUGGAGGGCUCGGGCAUCGGAACCGAAAUCUAGGCGGCGGCGGCGGCUACUCUGAAAAGCUGCCAGGAAGAGAGGGCCACAAUAUGAAAGACAUGACCAAACUGAAGGACAAAGAAAUGGACAAUCCUCCAGGGGAUGCAAAAGGGAAUCGACACAAGAAACACCGGAAAAGACGGAGGGGAGAAGAAGGUGACGGUUUCCCCAGCACUGACUUGUUGGAGGGCUCACGGAAGCCUGCUUCUGGCGAAGAGGGCAGACCGGACUCCCUUUUUGUGCCCACGAGCCGGGACGAUGCCACUCCUGUCCGGGACGAGCCAAUGGAAGCGGAUUCAGUUGCCUUUAAACCCAUCUCUGAUAAGGAGAGGAAAGAGAAGCCGAAGGGAAGGGUGGAAAAGACGAAGCAGAAAACCUCCGAAGGGGCUGCCACUACCAAGAAGGAGGUGCAAGUCAAACCGGCUAAAGCAGCAUCUCAAGAGAAGGCAGAGGCUGACCGUGAAAGAUCCCCACGGGCUGAACCUCCUGCCAAAAAGGUGAAGGAGGAGUUGCCAAAGGCUGAUGGUCCCAAACCUUCCUCCCAGAAGGACGAGAAGCCUCCCAGUGCUCCCCGUAAAGUCCACCCUCGAGGCACAAAAGAGCACCCAGAGACGAAGUCCACCAAGGAGGAGAAGGCCAAGAAGGAGCAUCCCAAGGAGACCAAGCAAGAGAAGCCGUCCAGCAAGGAGGAAAAGUCCAAGAAACCCGUUGACAAAACCAAACCAGUAGAUGCCAAACCUGAAAAGAAGAAGAGAAAAAUGGAGGACAAAGUGGAGAAGGAGCCUGAAGCCACAUCGCUAAAAGCUUCCAAGCCAGAAGUCGCAGAAUCGAAGCCAUUGCCAAAGGGGAAGAAUGACCCAGAAGCAGAGAAAACAGAGAGCACCCCUGAGAAGGACAAAGCUGUUUUACCAGCUGUUCCUGCAAAGAAGAUUAAGCUGAACCGAGAAACGGGCAAAAAGAUCGCCAGUGCUGACAACGUCCCUCCGGUGAAAGAAGCCUCAGCCGAGAAGCCUGAGUCGGCGGUGGCGAGCAAAGCGAAGCAAGACAAAGCCAAGGGGAAGCUGAGGAGAAAAGCGGCGGCUGCUGAUGGAUCGGGUUCCACGCUGGUCGAUUACACCAGUACAAGCUCUGCUGGAGGCAGUCCAGUGAAGAAGCUGGAAGAUAAAGUAGACACCAAGCGCACCGUCAUCAAGACUCUGGAAGAAUACAACAACGACAUUACUGCCCCUGCUGAAGAUGUCAUCAUCAUGAUCCAGGUUCCCCAGUCCAAGUGGGACAAAGAUGAUUUCGACUCUGAGGAAGAAGAAGAGAAUGUUAAGUCUGCACAAGUCCCGUCUGCCAUUGGGAAGCCGGCCAGCGUCAUCAAGACUGUCAACACAAAGCUGCCCACUCCUGUCAAACAGAACGAGAAGGACCCUGAACCCACAGAGAGAAAUCCAAGAGCCACAAAGGAACCUGGCCGUGAAACUUCGCAGCCUGACCCCAAAACCUCCAAAACGGCAGCAUCCAAUGAGAAGGGGAAGGCCAAAGACCGGGACCACACUGCCUCUGACCGAGACCCUUCUGAGAAAAGAAAGGGUGGAGCUCAGCCAGAGAAGGACCGUUCAGAGCGCGGGACAGAGCAAGGAAAUGCCAAGGGUGGGUCUUCUCACUCCUCCCGGGACAGCAGAUCUUCAGACAAACAUGACUCUGCCCACGGAUCUGGCCCAAAGGACUUUACUCCUAGCCGAGAGAAGAAGUCAGACGGGGACAGCAGCAGAGACCACUCCAGCUCCAAGCGCAGAGAGGAACGGAGUGGGCUCACGCGAAAGAAAGCGUCACCUUCACGGACCCGGGAACCGGCCCCCUCCGCGUCCAAGAGCAAGACCAGGGAGGAGCGAGCGGAGCAGCCCAAGAAGGAGAGCUGGGACUCCAAGCGGAGCAGCUACAGCCCAUCCAGGGACCGCAGGCAGAACGACCCCAAGAACGCCUACGACUCCAGGCGUCCAGCAGAACAGCCCAAGGCCCAAGAGAAGGGCUCGGGCAAGGAGAGGGAGAAGCAGCGGCCAUCCUCGGAGGCCUGGAGCAAUAAAGAGAGGGGGGCAUCUGGAAGCAAGUCUACAUUCAGGCGGGGCUCCCCAGAAGCCAAGGAGCAAGGAGCUCCGCAGAACGACAAGAACGCCGCCAAGCCACGACCUCAGCUGAGCCACACGUCCCGGCUCUCUUCGGACCCAACGCGGGAGACGGACGAGGCAGCUUUUGUCCCAGACUACAACGAAAGCGACAGCGACAGCAACGGUUCAACAAAACAGGACAACUCCCCAGGGAAAAAAACCAGAGACGGGAAGGAGAAGCCAAAAGAGGCUGCAGCCCCCACUGCCCUGGCUCCCCAGCCCAGCCGGAGCCAGAGCCCCAGCAGCCCCAGUGCCAGCCCCUCAGGGAGCCAAGGCCGGAGCCGCAGCAGCAGCGCCAGCUCUGUGGACAGUCAGGAUAGCAAAAAGAAGAGGAAGAAGAAGGACAAGAAGAAGCACAAGAAACACAAGAAGCACAAGAAGCAUAAGAAACACCCUGGCACCGAGUCGGAAGCCGAGAAGAGCCAAAAACAUAAACACAAGAAGAAGAAGUCGAAGAAGAGCAAGGAGAAGGAGAAGGAGAACCCCAAAGCAAAACCUGUCCCGGUCUAGGGGGCAGGACAGACUCAGCCACCGGGAUGGCAUUUUGUCCUCAUGUAAAGUUACAAGAGCCUUGUAAAUAGAGCUACAACAGGCCCCGUGCUGCACUUACCGAAUUGCUGCUUGAUUUGAUUUUUACAUCAGAGCUUUAUAAAGUGAACAUUUUGUACAGAUUUGUGAGUUGUGACGAUGUAAUAUGGGAGGAGGAGGAGGGUGGGUAAGUUUUCUUUUAAUUUGGGGGGCAUUUUAUUUCUAUCCACCGUUACCUUAGUUUGGGUGGAGUUGACUGUACUGUGAAAAAAAAUUCACACUUUUUUUAAUUGCCUGUCAAGAUGAGUAAAAGGGCUGAGAUCUGUUUAAAAUAUCAGCUGGAGGGAUUCAUUACAGCCCUGUUCUGUUACUUUUGGAUGAUAAAUAAAAAA